AGUGAAAUUCUUGUUUCAGCAAAUAUAGCCAUUGUAGUAUCUGCUGUUGACUCUAUUCCUCACCAUGUCUUCUCACAAGACUUUCAGGAUCAAGCGAUUCCUGGCCAAGAAACAAAAGCAGAAUCGUCCCAUUCCCCAGUGGAUUCGGAUGAAAACUGGUAAUAAAAUCCGGUACAGCCCCAAGAGGAGACACUGGAGAAGAACCAAGCUGGGUCUUUAAGGAGUCAUGCAUAAGAUGGCACACCUAUUUAUGCUGU